CUCGGCGCACCGAAAACCGUCCACGGCGACCGUCGUCGAUCUUCCGAGUGUUCCGCGCAAAAAAGUGGUUCGUCUGAGGAUUUGCGCUACCAAGCGGUUCUCGGUCAGUGAGGGUAUCAGAGUGAUUAGUGCGGUUGCCAUCCAACGGGACCAAUUUCGUCAUCCAAUAUCGCGGAUCCUCCAGCAACCCGGAUCGUGACAACGUGGAGCUCGUCUCGGAGAUCAACAGACGGUGGUGGGCACCCUAUGAUGGAAGCAACGGACGGUGAAGAGCGCGCACCUGUAUCGUCAACGGGGAUGGUGCGCCUGGCAGGUGCCGAAAGUGGAUCUCUGGAGGGUGAAGCUGCUAAGCAGACCGCGCUGAUGGACGACGUAGACGGGGACGGUGUUCUCGCGCAGCAGCUGGCCGGUCCGGCCUUGAAUCAUCAAUUGCUCGAUCAGCUUAAUGGACAGUACCAAAAGCAGCUCCAGUUGGCCGAAAGCGAACAGUUGGACGAUGGUUUCAAGAUCUCGGUAUAUGUCGAUUGGGUGGCUAGCCUGCGCACGAUCAACACAGAGCUGGUGGAGUCGCUGCGAGAAAUGCAGGACACCUGCCUGGAACGGAUGCAAGUCAUGCGUGCCAGCUAUCUCAAGGAUUUGGUGCGUUUCGGGCCGGACAUUCGCCUGAAGCGGCUAGAGACGAUGGGUCCGGCCGAACUGUCCGACAAUGGCACCGAUCGCGUGGUAUCGCUAGAACUGUCCUCGAACUAUCCGAUCAUACCAUCAACAGAUGAAGUUUUGCUACGGGAAGUGGACACCAAAUCACGUGAAGUGAUUGAGUUGCGCAAGGCAUUAGACGACCAACGGCGCCUUUCGGACGACCGGGAGGCAUUGGUGGAGCAGCUACGUGAUCUGGCCCAGGAACGAGACAGGCAGCUGGACGACAAGGCUAAAGAGUUGAGCGUACUGCAGCAGCGGAUCGAUUUACUAAACAUGCAGUUGACGAAGGCAAAAAUGUCGGCCGCGGUCCUGACCGAUAAAAAAAGUCUCAUUUCGGAGAUAACCGAUCAUCAUGAUAAGAUCACGCAGCUAAGGCAGAGGCUGAAGGAGCAGGAGGACAACCUGCGUGAGGCUAACGUGGCGAUUCAGUUCCGGGAUGAGGUGAUCGCGCAACAGCGGCAGGAGAUCAAAGUGUUAACAGAGAAUGGAACUUCUACGAUCAAAGAAGAUCCACCAGAGGACAGCAAAUCGUUCGAUCUUCAACUGACUACCAGCAGAUCGUUUCAUUCGAUCAUCUCCGAAGAUGAUUCCGCCGACAAUGCAGCGGUGAAACCCGUGACCGUCGUUUCUACGGACCUGUUUGGCACGAUACAGAAGCAAAGUGAAGCCGAGUCCCAGUACGUGGCAACGUUGAAACGGGAGUUGGCCGAGAUGCACAAUCAGCUGCAUGAAUACAAACGACGUGCGCUCAGCGUUACGCCGGAGCUGACCAUGUCAUACGGAGUGGAUGGCGCGAAAACAGAUCAAGCAUUUUCGCGAUUACGCGCAGUCUGUGAGGAUUUCCUCCAGAGUACUGAAAAGUUUGUUUGCGCUUCUGGUGGAACUCCGGUGGAGCCGGGACGGUUUGAUGAUGCAGAACAGUUGAUCUCUAUGCUGGAAGAUCGCUACGGGACACUGUGUCGGAAGCUAUCUGAACACGCUAGCUGUACGGUGGAUCAGGACGAAGGUAUCGGCAGUGGGAACACAUCCCGCAUGGGUACACUAUCGGAGCUGCAGGCACAACAGCUUAGCCAGCAAGAUCGUCAUGCGUAUGCGGAGGCUGUCGUUAGUACGAUGGCUGCCCAACUGGAGCAUAUGUUGGGCAAGGAAAUCGGCACCAGUGCGAGUGAAUCGUUGAGUUCGUUCUCCCUCGGACUAGACGACGGUUGUGCGCUGCAGGGAUUGCUGGAAGAUUUGAAGAAAGAGAUCGAUACCAAGGAGCGGGUGUUGUGUGAUCGGAAAGCCGAGCUGGAGCGGUCACAAGAGCAGCUAGCCAGCACUGAAAGACAGUUGAAGUAUUUGCGGGCGAAGCAGACGACUUUCGAUAGUCAAAGGGAGGCCCUUGAGACCAAGAUCUUCGAUCUCGAGCAAAUGGUAGACGAUCAGGGUCGGAUCAUUAUGAUGUUGAAAUCGGAAAACACCAAGCUGCAGCAACAGGCGGAAGAUCUCAAGGAAACGCUGCACCAGUAUCGGGAUAAUUUGCAGAAAACCAGCGAGGAGAAGGUCGCCAUCGAGGAUGAGUGCAAAAACCAGCUCGUCACGAUCUCCAAUCUGCGCGUUGCUCUGGAAGAAACGAAACGCAACGGCAGCUCAUCCGUCAAUACGUUGCACGAGGUCGUGGAGAACUUACAGCUCGAGGCGCUUCUACUUAGUGAGCAGCUGAAUGAUGCGUUCAAGGAGAACAUUGCCAAGGAUAACGAGCUAGACCGAUACCGGGACUCCAAUCUGCAGCUUCGAUGCCAGCUGGCCGAGAUGAGCCGCGAACUGGGGGAACUGCGGGAGCUGAGCGACACCAUUAACAUGCGCCAAGAGCUAACCAAACAACGGAGCCGCUAUUUUUCGCUGCUAAAAAAUGAUGUCCAACAGAUGCAAGAGCAGCUGAACGGCGUCCGGAGUGAGAUCGUUUCGAGGCAGCAAGAUCUAGGCCAACUGAGCUUCUUCCGGGAAAAGUGUGCGGAAAUGGAGCGAAUACACGAAGUGGAGCUAUGUCAGCAACGCACCAAGCAUUCCAACGAACUGAAGGAGCUCCGACGUGAGAUAGAGCAUCUGAGCAACCAAUUGGCCAAUUCGAUGGACUCGAGUAAACAGCAUGAGCAAACGGUCGAGGAGCUGGCGACGCUGCAAGCGACAAUCGUGGAACUUGGAGAGCACAAUAAGGUACUGGAAAAGACAAUACAAUCGUACCAGGAUAGUAUCGUCCAGCUGGAGCAACAGUUGGGCAGCUCCGAGCAUCAGCUGUCCAUCAUGAAGCAGGAGUUGGACGAACUAAGGGCGCGCUGUACCGGACAGGAGAACAAAAUUGGAAGUUUAAGAACGGAAAAGGAUCGAGUGGCUACUGAGCUCAGCACGCACCGGAGAAUGUGUAAAUGUGGUUUCAACAAUGGUACGAGUUCUCGUGAAAGGGCUAAGACACCAUUGUCGCACUCGCUUCAGAAGCAACUGGAUCAGAAAACAAGGGAAGCUAUUCGAGCACAGGAGGAACUAAUGCAGCGCUGCGAGGAUUGGAAGAAGCGAGAGACCGAAUACGUGGAGCACCGUGUUUUAAUUACAGAACAGACGACCAAAUUGAUAGAGCAGCUGAGCGAACUGAAGGGACGCAACAGCAUACUGGAGCAGUCGAUGUACGCAAAGAGUGAGCUGCUCGAUCGGUUGCAACAUAACUUGCGCGAUGUAAAUCGGAAGCUAGCCUCGAAGCAGGAGCAGCUAGCGGAGGUUGAGCGUAAACAAGCAAGUGCAGUGGAUUCACUCGAAAAAGCCCAAAAGGAUGCGCUGAUGUGUGAGAAACGGUGCAUGGAGGAGCUGAGUAAUGUGCGUCGGUGUUCGAUGGAUCAAAAGAAUCAGCUACAGCAGUAUGAAACGCAGAUCGGUCGCUUGCGAGCGGAAGUGGACGAUUUAAGGCAACGUUGUGAACAAGUUACCAAUGAGCGCGAUGAGCUAAGGACUGAGUUGCAUGGUCUACGAGAACGGUUAGCCACGUUCGAGGGUAAGGAAAGUGCCCUUUGCGAGGUGGUAAAGUCGAAUCAGGAUGAGCUAGCAAUCAAGUCGACGCGCUUAUUGGAAUUGGAAGAGACGAACCGAAAGCUGAACUCUAGUUUGCAGCAAGUACAAAGCUUCAGUGAAGGUCUGAGCAAACAAUAUCAUCAUGCGCAGGCCGAGUUGGAUCAGGUGCGAGAAGUUUCAGCCAAGUUGAUGGAGUUCAAGCAACAAACGCUCAACACGAAGGAUCUUACCCGCAAGAGCGUGGCCGAAUGGAAGGAAAGAGAGGCUUACUACAACCAGGAGAUACUGAGACUGAAGAAACGCACCGAAAUGCUCGAGCAGGAUCGAACGAAGCUGGUCAGCAAGCUGCAUGGUUACUAUCGUGACAACACACUGCUUAGUCGGAAAAUGCAACAACAGCAGCAGCACCUACAGCAACAUGUACCACCUUCCCGUCAGCAUUCGCCUUACGACGACAAUCGAAGAGGUAUAACCCUGACGCCACUUCACCAAACGUUUUAUCCACCGGAAGCAUACAAACUAGCGCGCUCCAGUAGUGAUCCAAAUUGCAACGAGUCGAACGAGUUGCUGCAGAAGGUGGAAUUCACUAGCAGCCAGCUGCAGCAAAUCAGGAAAUUUUGGCACCAGGGUAUCAAGGAGGCAUUUCCGACUACAGAGCCAUGACCAACGACGAGACGGUAGUACGGGUCCUAUUCAGCAUUUCUCAAUCUUUUGAUGAUGAUAGAUAAAAUACGAGUUAUGCGUUGUAAGUAUUGUUCGAUAAUUGUGUCAAUGCUAUUCCAGUUUUUGUAUAUGAAUAAAGAACAAUUCGAUGGAUUGCAAAUGUGCACUUUUAAUAUAUCACGAACCAGCAGAAGUACAUUUUGAAUUACUAGCUAAGCGGCCCGGUUACAGGGCUACGCAGCAUGACUCUUUUCUCGUUUAUUGUAUAUGAGUUUUUAUCAUAGUGAACAAUGGAAAUACUUUGAGGUACAGUGAAAAAUGAUGGUUUUUUUAUUCUUUGAUAAAUAACGGGCGGAGCCUUAUUUAUUCGAGUAAAAGGAUAAAUGAAAACGGUAUGUUUAAA